AUGAUAUUAUCUUUUCAUUGUAAAGCACUAAAGACUGUUGAAAAGUCUAUCGAUAAAGUAAUUGGUAUACCUGAUCAAGAUGAACAGCUAAAACAACAACAACAAGGAGAUGAAGAAGAUUCCUCUCCUCCUGUUCCACUAUCAACAUCACCAACAACAACAACGACAAAUUCAUAUUUUGGAUAUUCAUUCUCAUCAAACACUUCAUCACCUUCUAGACCUAGAGUAACAAAAGGUACAAGUCAAAUACCAACAAAGAAAACUAUUCCACAAUCAUCGCCACCUGUCCUACCGACUAUCCAACCACCACCGGUAGAACAAACACAACCCCAACAAGCAAGAACAGAGACUGUCAACAAUUCAGCAUUAAAUGGUGAUGAUCAAACUUUAUUGGUUGUGGAUCAAGAGAAUACUAGCAUCAUUGAUAACAAUACUAGUAUCAAUGUUGAAUCAUUGGUCAAUGAUAAUUCAUUACGAGUCGACAAUAUAUCUCCUAUAAAAGCACCUUCAAACUCUUCAAAUACACCACCAACAAAUAUAUCAACUGAUCAAGAGGAUGAUAUCAUUGAAUACAAUAAUGAUGAUGUUAUAAAAAAUGAUAAUAUUGAACCAAUAAUUAUACCUUUACAAGAACAACCAACCAACACUAAACCAGUUGUCGAACAACAACAACAACAACAACAACAACAACAACAACAACAACAACAACAACAACAACAACAAGAUAAUAAUAAUGAUAAAUUAAAAUUAAAGAUAUUAGAAUUGGAAGGUAAAAUAUCAGCAUUGGUUAUUGUUAAUCAAGAAAAGGAAAGAGUUUUGGGUGAUAGAGAGAAACAACUAUCUAAUCUAUCUUUACAUAUUUCAAAGUUGGAAACAACCAAUGAUCAAUUGAUAAGUGAUAUCACUCGGUUAAAUACUGCUCAAAAGAAAGAGGAUAUUGAAAAUCUAAAGGAAGAAUUUAGCAGGAGAAUUGGUGAGGUGGAAAAGAGACUCAAGAUUGUUUCCAAAGAGAGAGAUUCAUUAAAGUCUGGUCAAGCUGUAUCGGAAAACACAACCAAUUCACUAAAGGAAAAAGAUGACCAAAUUUCACAGCUCAUGCAAGAGGGUACAGCAUUGUCUCACAAGGUGUUGGCAUUAGAAUCGACAAUCAAAAAACAAAGAACUCAUAUUAAAGAAUCAGACGAACAGUUAAGGUUACUCAACGACAGAGUUUCAACUACCGAUAAUUUACUUCAAUCAAAGGUCGAUCGAUUGAAAGAGUUGGAGGUGGCUGACAAAAAGUAUCAAGAUACUAUUUCAACAAUGAAAGAUGUAACACAAGUAACAAACAAAAAGUUUGAAGAAGCUGAUAAGGCCAGUAAACAGGCAGCUGAACUUCAAUUGGCUCUAGACAAGGCAUGGAAAGAAAUAUCUGAUCUCAACAAACAUCACCAAAUGGAAGUUGAUCGAUACACUAGAGCCAUCGACGAAACUAAACAACGAACAAGAGACGAGAUGCAGAUGCAAUUCAACAAUGACAAAAAAGAGCAAACCAGAAAAGAGGAAUCACUUCAACACUCAGUGUCUGAGGUUCGUCUGGAAAUGGACCGUCUCAAUGAACGUCACGCCAGAAAGGAGGAGGAACUCAAUAAACACAUCCAGCAUCUAAAUCAACGAUGUAGAGAGGCAGAACAAAGAUCAGAUCAAUUGAGUUCAUCCAUUCCCGAUACGACCCGUCCUCUUAUCAAACAAAUAGAAUCUUUACAAAGUGCAAAUGAUGCUCGUCAGCAAGCAUGGGACGCUUUGGAAAAAAUAUCACAACAACAAUUAAAAGAAUUAAAAUUGGCUGCAGAGAUUGCAUCUCACAAUGAACAAGAAGCUAUUAAUGAAUUGGAGGAAAUGACAACGAAAAUCAAUAUUUUACAAGUAGAUUUUAAAAAAGAAAAGAACCAAAACAAAAUAUUACAAAAUGAUUUACAAAAUGAAAAGAAUAGAUUGUUGGAAAAAUCAAAUAUUUUGGAUUCACAUCAAGAUCAAAUCAUUCAGUUGAAAGAAAUGCAAAAACAAAAAGAAAAUACCAUUCAACAAUUGGAGGAGAAAUUGGAAAAAUCAUUUAAAGAUUUCAAAGAGGCAGAGGAAUUAAGACAAAGAGAAAAGGAAUUGGAAAAAGAGAGACGUGAAAAUGAUUUGAUUAGAUCUUCUUCCUCAAAUUCUUUAUCUAAUAUUAAUAAUAAUAAUGGAGGAGGAACUUCAUCAUUGACAGGAUCUUCUAGUAUUUCAUAUGAAAACAAAUUAUAUGGAUUGAGGAGGAACAAUAGUAAUAAUGAUUUUUUACAACAACCACAACAACAACAACAACAAUCUUCACCUCAUUCUACACUCUCUGUUGAAUUUUAUCAAUCGACACUUGGUCACAAAGAAAGAGAAAUUGCAAUGUUGAACUCUAAAUGUCUAUCAUUUGAAAAUUCAAAGAAAAAACUUGAAGAAGAACUAAUUAAAUUAACAACAUCAAAUGAACAAUUAUUAUUGGAAUCAAAGGAAUUAAAAAAUACUAAAAAUGAGGUCAAAGACAUCAAACAAAGAUAUGGCACUGUAUUGGAGCUCUUGGGUGAAAAGGAAGAAAUGGUCAAUGAAUUAAAAUUGGAUAUUGUAGAUAUGAAGGAACUAUAUAAAUCGCAAAUUAGUGAAUUAUUGGUACAGGUUGAAAAACUAAAAAAAAUCAGAUCAACAUUUAAUAUCCUACAAUUGUUUGGACAAGUUGUUAUCCUUUUUCCAUUCCAAAGAUGA